UCAUUUUGCCCUUCCUGCUCAGGCAUAACAACAGUCAUGGCGGCCGCUGCACGGUUCUUCGUCCGAGGUGCACACUCGAAACUUUCCAUCUCCGGUGUUGGCACCGGGGCUCACAGCUCGUUUGGGGCCAUUCUGCUCAAAUUGUCUCCGAGCUCUAACUCCCGUACAAAGACACAACGAAGACAUGCCUCGCACUUUACCUUCCAGCCUGACCCCGUCCCGACACAAUAUGGUCCUACCCAGAAGAUGAACUUGUUCCAGUCGGUUACAAGUGCCUUGGACAACACUCUUGCCAGUGAUCCAACAGCAGUCAUCUUUGGGGAAGAUGUUGCCUUUGGUGGAGUAUUCCGAUGCACAGUGGGUCUGAGAGACAAAUAUGGUAAGGACAGAGUCUUCAACACUCCCCUUUGUGAACAGGGGAUUGUGGGAUUUGGUAUUGGUGUAGCCGUUGCUGGUGCCACAGCCAUUGCUGAGAUCCAGUUUGCUGACUACAUCUACCCUGCUUUUGACCAGAUAGUCAAUGAAGCUGCCAAGUACCGCUACCGUUCUGGCAACUUGUUUGACUGUGGCAACCUCACCAUUCGGGCUCCAUGGGGAUGUGUUGGCCACGGGUCACUUUACCACUCUCAAAGCCCCGAGGCCUUCUUCGCCCACUGCCCUGGCAUUAAGGUUGUAAUACCUCGUAGUCCAGUGCAGGCCAAGGGGCUCCUCCUCUCCUGCAUCGCUGACCAAAACCCCUGCAUAUUCUUUGAGCCCAAGAUCUUGUACAGAGCAGCAGUGGAGCAGGUUCCCGUGGAGCCGUACACCAUCCCACUCUCGCAGGCCGAGGUCUUACAGGAAGGAAGUGAUGUCACUCUGGUUGCCUGGGGGACACAGAUCCAUGUGAUGAGGGAGGUGGCCAAUAUGGCUCAAGAGAAACUGGGAGUGUCGUGCGAGCUCAUCGAUCUACAGACCAUCCUGCCCUGGGACACUGAAACCGUUUGCAAGUCAGUGGUGAAAACCGGACGUUUGCUCAUCAGUCAUGAGGCACCAUUAACCGGAGGCUUCGCUGCUGAAAUCGGCUCUACAGUACAGGAGGAGUGCUUCCUCAACCUGGAGGCUCCCAUCAGUAGGGUCUGCGGUUAUGACACCCCCUUCCCUCACAUCUUUGAACCCUUCUACAUCCCAGACAAGUGGAAGUGCUUCGAAGCAAUUAAGAGGAUGAUCAACUACUGAAUCCUCAUCAGAGCCGACUUCUGGUAGCCCUGAACUCCACGCUCUCUCCUUUUCCCCUUCAUUCAUCAAUCAGUGGAGAGCGGCCAGGAAAAGACACUUUGUUGACCAUCCAAUCAGGAAGCAGCAUCCAGAUGGGCUCCAUGUCCCCCUGUGUCUUCCAGCUGACAGACUGUUACAGCACCUCUGCAUUGGGAAACUUCAUUUUGUUGCAAGGGAAAAAAUGACUUGAUCCACUCUAUAUGGUGAAACUCUACUUUGGCGUUAAUAUUAUGCACAUAAUUUGAUUUCCUCCUAAAUAAGAGUUGUAUACUGAUAAAACUUUCAUAGUAUUUUGAAUUUGUGACUGUCUGCCUUUCUGUGCUGUUACCUUUUGAUUGAAUGUGUCCAGCUCUGCUUUAAUCUUUAUCUAGUUUGACAUGAACUGAACCUUAUUGUACUAAUAUAGUGGAUCUGUGGUUUUUAAGGAAAAUAAAGUAAUUUGAAUUGGUGAAAACA